CCCGGUUUUUACACAGAGAGACGUAAUAGGUUGAACAUGGAGUUAUCUCCGCUUAUAAAGAAAAUAGGCCACUCUUUGGUGGAGAUAAGAGUUCGAGCUUUGAGGAGCAUCAUGUGCAAGCUGGACCAUUCCCUGAUUUCCGUCUCUGACAUUGUUCAAGAAAAGAAGCUGUUUGUGUAUCUUCUUGAGUGGUUCAACUUCCCCGAGGUGCCAAUGCAGGAAGAGGUCCUUGUAUUGCUCUCGUCUUUAUCAAAGCAUCCUAGUGCAGCGCAGAUGCUAAGGGACGUCGGGGCGGUGGACUUCCUCACCCAACUGUCUGCUAAUGUGGAACCCAGGCUGCGAGCUGUCAUUGACGGAACCCUGGACCAGCUGUUCCAGCUACCUGAGCUACUCCCCAGUCAUGCAGUGGUCUACUCAUGUCUACAUGGACAGCGCACCGCAACUCCAACAGCUCCAGCAAUUGUUCCAGCUCAAGAGCAUUUUCCUAAAAUGGGCUAUUUCCACAAGAGCAUGCCAAGCCGUACAGAUGUACCACCUCAGAAGAUAGCAGUGCAUGAGUCUGUGAGAUGUCUGAAGUUUUCUGUGUUUCCAUGGCUGACUUUGACAAACACAGACACACACAUACUUUCAUCCAAUGAGAGUUCUCUAAGGAGCAGCAACCCCAACUUGGUGCGGACCACAUGUGAACUUCUGUGUGAUGUCAUCAUGCAGGACUUUCCUGCUGAAAUCUUCCUGCAAAGGCCCAGUAUUGUAAAGAACCUUCUGUCCCUGUUGAGGCUGGGUUCGGGUAAAGGUGAAGCGAGCUACCUGCACUUGCAGGCUCUUUCUUGCCUGCGGCAGCUUUGUGUGGGGCUGAGGAGGAGACUACGCUUUCAUCAAGAUCCAAGCUUCUACUCUACAAAGCAAGAUCCAGUGUCUCAGAACUCGUCCCUUUCCUACUCCCAGGAGGUGCGGACCCAGCGUUCCCAGGCCUCGUCCCCAAGGGCAGAGUGCUCGCCUCGGCCCUCUGUGGUCGGACGCACAGGCCAGAGAGCCAGGGGAGACGGCCAAGACGGAGAUGCAGCUUCCAACAGUGGCAGCUCACACAGAGGUGGAGCAUCAGUCCAGGCCCCCAGGCAGACACCCCAGUCGCCCGCAGAUGUGACCCAGUUGGCACUUCCUGACAUGGGUGCAGAAGAUGUCCUGGAGCUGCAGUUACAGCAGCUCACUUUGGCUCAGUUCACUGUUGCCACCAUGGAGCAUGCCAUACCGCUGCUUAAGACAGAGGGUUCACAUGUGUUCCAUCGUGUUCUGGAGCUGCUGUGCGACGCCGUCCUCCUGCUCGGGGACAGUGUUUGUGAGCUGGUCUGGGACGAUCGCAGCCUGGUGGGGAUGGAGCUGAAGGAGAAGCUGCAAGCCUGCAUGGAACAACUGGGGGAUAUCCUGAGCUACCAUGAGAGCUAUUCAGCAGACAUUCCCCACAGCUCUCAGGUUCAUCACAGAAUAGCUUACACAGGCACUGCUGUAUUCACCAUUAAACUCCUACAGACCAUCCUCCCUCCUGAGAAGGCUAGUGACAGUCUCCCAGAAAACACAGCAACAGCCAUUUUCCGCCUAUGCUUGGAUACGUCAUUGGAAGGUUUAUUACCCAGCAUGCAAGAGGCAGCAGUGGCCUACUUGGAGCAAGUAAACUCAGACAGCCAUGAUCUCUACAGGAGGGUGACCCGUGCUGCCUUCUGGAUGGAAUCGACUUGCAACUUCCUCAAGGAAGCGCACACUGAGGGAGAAAAGAACUGGUUGGAGUUGCUGGAGCUGGCAGACCAGGCCACAGACGGGCUCCCGUUUCACCAGCACUUACCCAUCAUCAAGGAAUGUGUCCACAUCUGCUCCUACCUAUGGAAGUUUGAUCAGCCCAGUCCCCUCCUCCAAACAGAGAGCCAGAAACUUCUCCUGAAGCUGCUGUCACAUCCCUUACUGCCUGUCAAGACGGAAACAUACGAAUGCUCUUUAAACCUGGUCAAGGACUGCCUUGGCAUCCAGAAUGUGUCACGACAGGAACCAGGAGCCUGCGGUGGAGUCAACUUCCUUCUCCACCACAGGGUGCUCUAUGAAAUAAGCGCUUUCGGACUCCAGGAUUCUGCAGAGAGGGUGAAUGUUGCUGCCAAGGAUAUUCUGCUAUUCCUGCUCAAGGGACGAUUGAUGAUGACAGCGUCAACCUGGGACAGAUUCAAUGAGGCACUUUACCCGGUCAUGCCCAUAUUACAGGGCUACGCCGGCACCGAAGAGUCACUGGGAAACUGCGUCCUGCUGAUAAGUGACAUGUCGGACGUGGCAAGAGACAAGGUGUUUCCAAGCACAGCCAAGCUAAAAGCAGCGCUCCGGCUCCUAUUCACUAAGCAGCCCACUGUGAGAAUAGCAGCAGUGCAACAAAUCCUGCCACACCUAUGCAGCGAUGAUGAAUCAAGCACAUCCAGACCAGACCUGGCUGAACAAGUGGUCUCCUCACUCCCCAACCUGUACUGCCUCAGAAAUCCUUUAGACAUCACGCUGGACACCAGCAACAAGUCUGUCCUUAAGGUGGAGUCGGUGGAGAAGCUGUUUUGCAUCCUGUCCUCAGACACUGUUGACAUCUCCCUGAGAAGAUCGGCGGCAGAGCAGCUGUCUGUGGUGCUACAAGACACAACAGUGCACCCGGUGCUGAAGAAUCUUGGAAUAACAGACAAAGUCAUUUCUUUCAUUAUGGAGAGUGUAAACGGCAACAAGAGCUUAGACUGCCUGCUGGAGCCUUGUGUAUGUAUCCUGAGGAAGCUGGCGUAUGCAGAUCCAUCUCUGAGGCACAGCCUGGCGCAGCACAACCUCCUGCUCCUCACACUGCUCAGGGCAUCCUUGAUUUUGAAGGAGAACAAAGGCAGUGGAAAUGAGAUUGCUGUCCUGAUGAGUUUGUUGCUAUUUGAUGAGCUUGCCAGCAUUGAAAUAUGGUCGGACAAAUCCAGCACAGAUGUGACCCUCGCACCAUUUUCCCUACCACUGUCAGUAAUACGCAGGUACAACCUCCCAUUCCGAGCAGUGACCCAUCAUGCUGUCAGCCCGUACUGCUGUGUCCUGCCUCCAUCCUCUGACCUGCUGACCCUGGCACCCACCCGCCAAGCCCUGCAGGUGGCCUGGAACACUGCAUGGCAUUCUGGGAUAGACAACCUCCUUGAAGAGCUGCAUGGCAUCUCUACUGACGUUACUGACAGAUUUCAUCCCGACUUAAAGCUGUCAGAAGCGCAGGUUCUGUCGCUGCGGGCAGUGCACCUUCCCACCGCGCUGCAGGACUGCAUCCAGGCCAUCGUCACGGCAGCAGGACACAGCUCGGUGACCUCUGCCCUCUCCAGGCUCAGCCUCUAUUUACUGAUUGACAGACUGGCCCUCCCUCACACCCCCACCCACAGCUGCAGAGACACCCUUCACUCCCUCAGUUGGCAGGCAGCAGUGGCCAGGUUUCUCCAGGUGCGUCCAGCCAGUGUGGAGGAUGAGAGGUUGCUGGUGGGCAUUGUUGCGUUUCUGAAUGCCUACUUCAAACAGACGGACACUGACUCUGCAACUGACGUAGAGGACAAGGACUUGCGCUGGAUACUGGAGCUGCUUCUCAACCAGGAGACAGAGUCCCUUCUUAAUUUGCUGCUUGGUGUGGAGACCCAGACCUCAACUCAGAGCCCGGGGGAGCCGGAGGAACUGAAGAACCAUGUCAAUCAGAGAUUGCAGAGAGAGCUCACCAGCUUCUUUAACCUCUUACUCCUCCGACUGACACAAACCACUGACAGGCUGUGUCUGGCAUUAGCCGGCCCCUUCAAGAGCCAGCUGGCAGUCCGUUUGCUCCAGAGCCUGCGGGUGUCUGACGCCCCGCGUUUCUAUGGCCUUCCCAGCCUGGAGAGGACACUGCAGGGCAUGGUCAGCCUGACUGCCCAGCCUGGCUGGAGCUCCCACUGCCCUGACCUGGAGCCCACCUCCCUCUGCUCCAAAUAUCUCAGUGGGCUAUUAGAGGUGAUCUCCUCAUUUUACGUAGAGUGGGGAGGCAACUCCUUGUCUUUCAUGGGGAAAGGUGUGACCAAGAAUGCUGUCAUCUCUUUGCUGCACCUGUCCCAUGAGAUGAUGGAAGAGAACAAGGACAAGGACUUUAUAUCCCAGUGGUCUUUGGGGAAUGAGGCGGCUGCAGAGGAGGCCAGUGGCUCUCAGCUUGGUUUGGCGUGGCUCAUCCCACUGUGGGUCGACAGAGAUCAAGAAGUGAGGUUUGCCAGCUUGGGUUUAGGCGCAGCUCUGUCCUCGGUGCCCAGCGGGUGCCAGGCGCUGUGCGCCAGCUGUCAGAACAUCAGCGGAGGUCUGUGGGGCACGUUGCUCAACUUCCUCCUGGAUCAGCAGGAGAGCAGCAUGGUCCGCAGAGAGGCUGCAUUUAUCCUGCAGAAUUUGCUGGUGAUGCCCAUGCCUGCCAACGCAGAGGAGGCCAAGGACUCCCACUGGCAGCACCCAUGUGUCCAUGAUGAGGUGUCUGGUGUGUCUAUGGUGGGUCUUCCAGCACUCCAGGCUCUGCUUUACCACUGUCAGUACUUUCAGCACGUGGCUCUCUCUGCCUCCAAUUGUUACCAAGGCAGGUACACUUUCCACCUGCAACCUCGUGCCGACGCCGCCACUGGACCAAGUCCUCAGGAAAACAAUUCACUGGAUUCUGAGAAUUCUCUGUGGUUUUGGAGAAGCGAGCCACCAGAACCCACGAUCAACUCCAGCAGACCCUCCAGCUCCCUCUCCACGUCCAGCACCGUGAUAAGAGGUUCAGGGUUACAAACCCCUAAGGGUUCCUCCCCAUUGAACAUCACAGAAGAUACCCCUGCCAGCAGACUAAUGGCUCAAGGCCAGAGUGACACAGACACCAGCGACUCCGUUACCUCCCAACACUCCCGACAGGGCGAGCCCUCGGCCGUGGAACCCGUUGUCAUGGUAACUCCCGACCUCAUGACGGCCCACUGUGGCCUGCUGACUAACCUGCUGGCCAUCCUGCCAGAUUUCACCCUCACCGCCAUCCGACACAACCAGCUCCUCCAAGCACUCGCCGGUCUGGUGGAUAUUGAGCCCAUUGAGAAAUGUCUGACUGAGCUAAAGAGACCCAACAUCUUACCAGGAGAGAGAGAAGACAUCAAGGGCCAGUCUGUCACUCUACUUCAGUUCCUGUCCAGCUUCUCCAAACUGCUGCAGUCAUGUGUCACGUUGAGCCAGGAGCCGAUUGGCCAGAUGGACUUCCUGAAACAGCUGUUGACUACUCUGGUGGCGGUGCUCACACUGGAUACCAAAGGAUUAGACGCAGGUACCCGAGACGCGGUUUGUGUGUGCUGGGCAGACGUGUUUAUGCUCCUGGCUACUCUGGUGAGGAGGGACAGCUCAGCAGCGUACCCAUCUGUCUCUGUUGCGCUGGGGAGACGCUGGCGGACGUUUGCAGGAACAUUAUCAGUGUGUGUGAAUGAGAGGCGAGCAGACCCUCUUCUUCACACAGUGGCUCUGCAGUUUGUCUCAACAGUUUUCACAGAGGAGACAAAGGGUCAGGGUGUGGAGGUCACAGCGUCAAACUCUAAACAUGCUACCGCUUUGUGUGACGUUGUGAACGGUCCCUCAGCCAGCCAGCUGUGUGAGCUGUUACUGCAGAGUUUGGAGAAGAGGGCCCUUCAGGACCCUUUAAAAAAGCUGACAGCCAGAGCUCUGAUGACACUGCUCGCCUGCAGUCCCACAGCUCAAAACCAUGCAGCCAGAGCUGGUCUAAUUGACAGCUGUGUGGAGCAAAUGAAGCAAACCCACUCCCAGCUCCACCUGGAGUCUGUCCGACCCGGCAAGGCUUCUCACCGCAAAAAGGAGGAGGGCUGUUUAAAGGAAGUCAAGCUGACUGUGGAGAUCCUGCGGAGUGCUCUUUACCGCAACGAUGAAUGCAAAGUGGUGGCCACAGAUGCUCGCCUAACACUGGCACUCUAUGCUCUUUGGCCUUGGCUCCUAUUGGACGACCCCACCAUGGAGGCGGCGCUGGAGCUUCUGUGCGUCUACACGGCCGACUGCGCCACAGCGUGUAGUUCGCUUUGUGUUAGUGGACCUGGUGUUGCACCAGGAUCUAAAUGCACACUUAGCAACUCCCUGAUGCACUCUGUGAUGAAGCUGGCCUCGGGGGUCGCCCCAGAUAACAGCCCCAUCCAGAAGCUCGCCUUCUCUCUCUUGGCUAACCUCGCCAUGUCACGUGACUGCAGAGGCCUCCUGCAAAAGAAUAAUUUCCUGCAAGCCUUCCUGUCGGUGCCAAUGCCCAAGGCGGGUGGUGUUAAAGCCGCGUCUGCAGGUAGCGGCGGUGGGAGCCUCAUGGGCCUGUGGCUGAGGCUGCUGGUCAAUCUCUCGUUCGCAGAGGACGGCCAGCAGAGCAUCCUUAGGGUGACCGGAGCCCUGGAACUGCUGGCAGACCUGGCAGAACAGCGGCGCCACGCACUGCUCGCCCUUCACAACCUCUGCUUCUGCCCUGCCAACAAGCCACACGUCAUUGCCAACAACAAAGCCAUGAAGGCAUUGCUGUGCUGUCUGGACCGUGAGGACAUGGAGAUCCGCUGUAUGGGAGCGUCUGCACUUUGGGCAUUGCUCCACAACAAUCAGAGGGCCAAGACUACUUUGAAGUGUCCCUCUGUUCGAUUGAGAAUUGCGGAGGCACACACCACCGCUAAGAAGGAUGCAGAGAACAGUCAGGAGCCUGUGAGUGCCUACCUGUUGAAGUGCCUUGAAAACCUUUCCCAGCUGCUAAAAAAAUGAUUAUUUAUUUCUAAUGUUUGUUUUGUAUCAUGUUUUUAUACUCAUAUUAAAAUGCCAAGUGGCAGAUGUA